AUUAUCACAGACAGUUCCAGCACAGUGACUCAGUGAGCAUAUAGUAGUUGAAAUGUCCGGCCUCAACCCCGCCACCGCCGGCGAGAAGACAGCGCCGUCCGGGGGGAGAUGUCCGGUGGAGGAGGUAGCCCUGGUGGUGCCGGAGACCGACGACCCCACACUCCCAGUCUUGACUUUCCGGGCGUGGUUUCUGGGCAUAACCUCAUGCAUAAUCUUGAUCUUCCUCAACACUUUCUUCAUAUACAGGACCCAGCCGCUCUCCAUCUCCGCCAUCCUCAUGCAGAUUUCGGUGCUCCCCAUCGGGAAAUUCAUGGCGGCGACGCUGCCGGAGAGGAAGUUCGCGCCGUUUGGGCGGUGGAGCUUUACUCUCAAUCCGGGCCCCUUCAACAUCAAGGAGCACGUGAUUAUCACUGUCAUGGCUAAUUGCGGCGUUUCCCCUGGCGGAGGUGAUGCUUACUCCAUUGGAGCUAUUACUAUAAUGAAAGCUUAUUAUAAGCAGGCUUUGAGCUUCCUUUGUGGCCUUAUUAUUGUCUUGACCACUCAGCUUAUUGGGUAUGGAUGGGCUGGAGUGUUGAGGAGGUAUCUUGUUGAUCCGGUAGAUAUGUGGUGGCCUUCAAACCUUGCUCAAGUGUCUUUAUUCAGAGCACUCCAUGAAACGGAGGUGAAAUCAAGCGGCAUGACAAGGAUGCGGUUUUUCCUUCUAGUUAUGGGGGCAAGUUUCGUUUACUAUACAUUACCGGGUUACUUGUUUCCAAUUUUGACCUUCUUCUCGUGGGUGUGCUGGGUGUGGCCUCGUAGUAUUACAGCUCAGCAAAUCGGCUCUUCUUACCAUGGACUAGGCGUGGGUGGGUUCACACUCGAUUGGGCUGGGAUUUCAGCUUACCACGGGAGCCCUUUGGUGUCACCUUGGACCGCGAUUCUGAAUGUUGCUGUCGGUUUUGUUAUGUUCAUAUACAUAAUCGUCCCUCUGUGCUACUGGAAAUACAACACUUUUGAUGCCCGAAAAUUCCCUAUAUUCUCAAAUCAACUCUUCACGUCCACUGGCCACAAAUACGAUACUUUUAAAGUCUUGACCCCUCAAUUCGAUUUGAACGUUCCUGCUUAUGAGAGUUACAGCAAGCUCUACCUUAGCCCUCUUUUCGCCCUAUCUAUUGGAUCGGGAUUUGCAAGGUUUACAGCAACUUUGACACAUGUCGCACUGUUCAAUGGCAGUGAUAUUUGGAAGCAAACGAGAUCUGCUGCACAGAACGUCAAAAUGGAUAUACACACGAAAUUAAUGAAGACUUACAAACAAGUUCCCGAAUGGUGGUUCUUGAUUUUACUGCUAGGAGCCACUUGCCUUUCUCUUCUUAUGUGCUUUGUUUGGAAAGAAACGGUUCAGAUUCCGUGGUGGGCAUUACUCUUUGCGUUUGCUCUAGCUUUUGUCGUUUCUCUCCCUAUAGGUGUUAUUCAAGCAACAACAAACCAGCAACCGGGGUAUGACAUCAUUGCACAGUUCAUCAUUGGGUAUAUCCUUCCGGGAAAACCUAUUGCUAACUUGCUUUUCAAAAUUUACGGGAGAAUCAGCACUAUUCACACUCUCUCGUUCUUAGCUGACCUUAAACUCGGGCACUAUAUGAAAAUUCCUCCACGCAGCAUGUAUGUAGCUCAGCUGGUGGGAACACUCGUAUCUGGUGUAGUCAACCUUGCGGUGUGCUGGUGGAUGCUAGGUAGCAUCGAAAACAUUUGUGACACCGACGCACUUAGCCCCAACAGCCCAUGGACGUGUCCCAAGUUCCGAGUCACUUUUGACGCGUCUGUGAUCUGGGGACUAAUCGGGCCAAAACGGCUGUUUGGACCGGGAGGGUUGUAUAGGAACCUGGUUUGGCUAUUCCUGAUUGGAGCGGUGUUGCCCGUGCCUGUUUGGGUACUCAGCAAAAUGUUCCCAGAAAAGAAAUGGAUUCCUCUGAUCAACAUUCCCGUCAUCUCGUACGGGUUUGCGGGAAUGCCGCCCGCAACUCCCACCAACAUAGGUAGCUGGAUUGUGACUGGGCUCAUAUUCAACUACUUUGUGUUCAAGUACAGGAAAGGGUGGUGGCAAAAGUACAAUUACGUCCUCUCGGCUGCCCUCGAUGCGGGUACGGCUUUCAUGGCCGUGCUGCUGUUUUUCGCGUUACAGAACGAGCAUAAAGAGUUGAAAUGGUGGGGGUCGGAGCUCGACCACUGCCCUCUCGCAUCUUGCCCAACGGCUCCUGGGAUUGUGGUUGAAGGUUGCCCAGUUUUCAAGUAGGCAAGUAGCAGAGCAGCCAUGUAAAUUGUUUCAUACAAUUUCUUACAUUGCAUCUUAUUAGGGUAUUAGUGAAUCUAUUUGUUAAACACAAUAAUAUAUGCGCAACAGUUUUGGAAUAACCACUUGGAUUUUAUAUUCUGUGGCAACUUUGGUUUGCAAAUUAUUA